CAUUUUUCAGCAUGGUAAAGGCCACUAUGCAAUUUCUAUUAGCCUUUAACCCUGCAAGAAAAAGAAAUUAUCGGCCACUUUGACGACAGAAAUGUCACCACCUCUUACUGCAUGGAUUCUAAAAAUUUUGAAUCUGCAGAUGGAAAUUCUGGCCCAAUACGCGGCUAAUUUUAGUCUAGUUUGUCAACAUGGCGUUAAUGUUCACUAAAACUGCGAGCAUUAAAAAGGCAGUGGAGUUCAUUAACAACAUAGACGCAGCAAAGUUUCCCAGGCUACUCUCCAGAAUUUUACAGAAACUCCACUUGAGAGAUGAACACUCCUUCUCAGAGGAGGAGCAGGAGAAACUCCAAGUGGCCCUUGGCCUUGAAGGAAAUGACCUUCAACUUGUUUUAGAAACGACAGCAUUCAUUCUAGAACAGGCAGCUUAUCACAUAGCUAAGCCAACAGUACUUGCCCAACAGCUGCAAACUCUUGGACUGGAAGAGGAUAAGGUCUCAGUGUUUGUCAAAGCAUGGACAUCAAGUGGGAAGGGUGUGGUGGAAAACCUCCGCCAGAGAACGCUAGCACCCAACCAGCUGGAGGGGGUCAACUGGAGAUUGAACCUUCAGAUGGGACAGGCUUCCCAGACCAAGAUGAAGAUUCCUAACGCCAUGUUUGAGAUGGUCGUUGCUGGCAGUGAUCCCGACCAGAAAGAGAAGAUCAGGAUGGAAUUCAGCCACGAUGAACUCUUUGAAUUCUACAACAAGUUGGAAGCCAUUCAAGGCCAGCUGGACUCAAUGAGCUGAAGAUGUGAACGAGGAAGAAAUGCUAUCAACUUUCCUGAAAGAUGUUUUAUAUUCACAUCAUGUAUAGUCUUUUUUUGAUGGACAGAAAUUUAUGAUCUUUGUAAAUUGUAUAUUUUACAA